AUGUUAGAGGGUUAUAAAAUUGUGUGGGAUAAUUUCGCAAAUGAUAUAGAUUUAAAUCGAGUUAAUGAAUUCCUUUUAGGAAAAAUUGAGGAACUUCAUUUACCAAAUUGGUUUUUUAUUUAUCCUGGAACUAAAUGGUGUGGAGUAGGUAAUAUAGCUGACAAUGAAAACGAUCUAGGAUUUGAAAGGGAAACUGACAAAUGUUGUAGGCAACAUGAUAACUGUCCGGAUGUAAUUUUAGGACAUCAAACGAAGUACAAUUUGACAAAUCCGAAUUUUUUCACACGGUUAAGCUGUAUGUGUGAUGUAGCUUUUUACAACUGCUUAAAGUCUGUUAGACGAGAUUCGGCUAAACAAAUAGGACUAAUAUAUUUUACAGCUCUAGGAACACAAUGCUUCAGGGAAGAAUAUCCAAUAGUGGAUUGUCAUACAUAUUCAUUUAUUCCUAAAAGAAAAUGCAUCCAAUAUGAAAUAGACGAUACAAAGGAGAAGAAGUAUCAAUGGUUUGAUCUUAAAAAUUUUUGAAAUUUGGUUAUAUGAAUGGAAAUAAAUAAAAUAUCAA